UCCUGACUCUUUACUCCAAAGGAGGAGUUAAUGAAGGACUAGGCGGCUUACUCAUGUCUGCGUGGCUUAGUGAGUAAGAAAGAGUGUCAGCUUCCUGCUGCUUGGAUGAGUGAAAAGCAGCCGCCCGCAGCACGUGGAUGCCAGCGCGUCUCCAGCACAGAGCCUCUGCACGGGAAGGGGUGCUCCCUUAGCUGGGCACCGGGGCCCUCGGAACCGCAGGGCAGCUCUCAGAGUUCUGCCCCAGCUCCUGGGCUCAUGAGGCUGAUAGCUUGCAGGAGACAGAGGUAGGGGAGCAGGUGCUCGUGACUGACGGUUGGGGCCAGAAGAGAAGCUGCACCCUGAGGAUCAAGACCUGCGAGGUGCACACACCCUGGGGCCAGCAUGAUCCUGCAGCCUCAGGCGGUCGUCUUAGGCCUCCUUCUCCUUCAGACAGGCGCUGUGUUUUCGACCCAAGUGAAUGCAGUGGUGGGUCAGUCGGUCACACUGCCCUGCACCUACACAGUAUCUAGAGGAAGCCAGCCCAUAUGCUGGGGCCGAGGGCCCUGUCCUUCCUCUAAAUGCUCCAAUACACUUCUCAGUACCAAUGGACAGCGCAUCACCUACCAGAAGGACAGGCGGUAUCAGCUCAAUGGGAGGAUUAGCCAAGGAGAUGUGUCCUUGACCAUCCAGAAUGUAAACAUGGGUGAUGGGGGCCAGUACUGCUGCCGAGUGGAGCUUCCUGGAUGGUUCAAUGAUGUCAAAAACACCAUUUCACUCAAGGUUAUGCCAGCCGCCACCACAAGGGUGCCAACCACACCCCGUGUCUCUACUGUUCCUCCAGCCACAAGGGUGCCAACAACACCUCGUGUCUCUGCUGCUCCUCCAACACCAGUGCACACACAGACGCGUACAACAGCUUUGACCACCAGCACAAGAGUUGCAACAACACCUCCUGUCUCUACUGCCCGUCCAGCACCAGCACACACAGAAAACCACGAAACAGGCAGACCCACCUGGGCUCCAACCUCAGCCCAUGUCUCCACAUCUGCUCCUCCAGCACCCCUGCAGACACAGAGCAGCACAACAGAUACUACUCCACCUGUUCCAACCCAAGCAGUAGAAACCCAGCCUACAGCACCACAGGAAGCAAGGACUCAGCCCACCACCUCCUCCCCAGAAUCUUUCUCAGAAGAUGGAAAUGGCAUGGUGACCCGGGCUUCAGAUGGCUCUCCACAUAACGAUCAAUCUGUGUCCCCAGCACAAAACCAGUCAGUGACCACUAAAGAACUGUACAUUGGAAUCCUCGUGUGUAGCUUGGUCUUGCUCACUAUUUUGGUUGUCAUCUUAAUCAGAACAAGGUUUGUUGGACACGGCCUCGAGUUCAAGCUUUGGGACAGCUGGGCCCAACAGAAGACAAAGUCUACAUCGUCAAGGAUAAUAUUUAUAUCCUUGAUUAAACCUCAGCGGUUCUCGGCCCAAGAUGGCAGAAGACAGUGGCGGGCAUCACCAUGUUGGUCGCCUUCUCAAUCCAGAACCAUUUUUCUGCAUUAGCUGUACCUGAUUCCAAUAGAUGUUGCUGUUGUCAAAUUUAUGAUUGUAUAGUCCUGAUGGUUCUGCUGACGCUGGCUGUCUUCCGGGCCCCACGGAGCUCUCUGGCACACACGCACCCCUCAGUAUUGUCUUUUCCUCAGACCCCUCAAGCCUUGUGUCCAUCAGAGGAAGUAAUCAGGAUCAUACAGGAAGGAACCCAGCAUAGCUGUCCAGAGCAACAGGAUUUAAAAAUCAAAGUAUCUACUUCGACACGUCCUUCGGGAAUGUUUCCUGAUCCCUGCUUGUGG